AUGUCACUAAAUAAUGAAGAGACAAUCAAAUACUUCACGUUGAAAGACUUCAGUUUCGAAGAUGGCACUGUUCUUCCGCAAGUGCAACUAGCAUAUCGAGAAUUCAACCCGACAACAGCAACAUCAAACCAGAAGAUUGCACUGAUUCCAACUUGUUUCAGGGGUCGCAUCAAUUCUACCCUGAACUUUUCCAGCGGUGCAUUACAGGACUAUCGAGUGAUUGUGGUCGCUUUAUUCGGCAAUGGCGAAUCCUCGAGUCCUUCAAACACGCCCCAUUUCCCACGCACUCUCAAUUAUCGUGACUGUGUUCGGGCACAAUGCAAACUUAUGAACGAGCAGCUUGGCAUCAACACGAUUGAUGUCAUCGUCGGAUUUUCCAUGGGUGGACAGUGCGCCUAUCACUGGGCAGGCAUGUAUCCAGACAUGGUCCGCAAUGUGGUGGCCAUUUGUUCUUCGGCUAAAACAAGUUUACACAACUAUCAAUUCUUGGAGGGACCACGGGCCGCGCUAGAAUGUUCAGCAGACUAUAAUGAUGGGAAUUUCGGCGAUUCUCUGCCUUUGCGUGGACUGCAUGCUUUUGGACAAUCAUAUUCGGCUUGGUUGACAAGUGCUGAUUGGUUUGAGGAGCGCCUCUUUGAAAGACAGGGUUACAAGAGCUUACAGGACUGGGCUUCUGUCACUGCAGAGAAGAAUUACGACGACUGGCAUCCGGAUAAUUUGCUGAUUAUGCUACGAAUGUGGCAACAGUCUGACGUUGGAGUCACGAUAGGCCGGUCAGGAUUGAAUCAGAGCGUCCCCAGCGUGCCUCUUCCCGAGGCUCUGCGGACAUUAAAUGCGCGAUUUCUCCUGAUGCCAUGUCUGACUGAUCAGUAUUUCAAAUGGAAGGCCAGUGAGAAAGAAGCAAAACUUCUCAAGAAUGCCGAAUUGGCCAUUAUUCCGUCGGUCUGGGGACAUUUGGCUGGAAGCGGUGCUAACCAAGAGGACACAGAUUGGAUUAAUAGUAGAAUUGCUCGUUUCCUAAAAUAG